UGUAGCUUUAAACGCCCGCAGUGCCGUCUGGGUAAUGUAUCGUAUGUGUUUUGGGCGAAGAGCUCCAGAUGGUCGCCUUUCCUAUGGUCAUACGAGCUUCAAAAUGCUAUGUAUGUAGCGUAAUGUUAGUUCAUAUGUGAGUGUGCGCUGUUACCUUUCGCUUGUUUAAAUAAGAACACCCACAAACCGGGAAUGUAUUAUUUAUUAUAGCUUCUAGCAUAUGUGCAAUUAAAAUAGGCUACGUUGCUAAUUUAGCUUCUAAAACGGAAAGAAUUACACUUCAACUAAAGCUGUUAUAGCACCGUUUAAUAAACCAUCUUGUGGAAUGAAAUGAGUAUGUAUUUAAUGUUGUAAUGCAUAAUAUUAAUAUUUAUAUUGCCUAUCUGGCUUGUUAAGUCAGGAAAAUUAUAGGCUAUCCUUUGUUUCCAAUCGCAACGCUAACGUUAUAUUGAUUGGUUGACCGGGUAGCAGCAGAAAAAAAAUGGAUGAAAAUGCCGAAAAUGUUGACAACGACGACAUUGUCAUUAUCGUGGAAAACGAGGCAGAAAGUUUGCCAGCCGAGGAAGAGAGGCUGAAACAGCAAGCCACUUUCGGGCUGAUGGACACUUGUCCUGUCUGCAAGUUGAGCUUCCACAACAGAGAGCCCAAACUGCUGCCGUGUCUUCACUCUUUCUGCAAGAGGUGUCUCCCUGCCCCCUUCAGGAGGGCUGACCCGAGGCGUGACUCGCAAGGACAAGUCGACAACAGCAAACCAUUGGGUGCCAUUCGAUGUCCAGUGUGUAGACAGGAAUGCUGGGAGAUGGACGUGUUGGAUAAUUUCUUUGUCAAGGACUCUGCUGAGGUGCCGAGCAGCACCGUGGAGAAAACCAGCCAGGUGUGUAUGAGCUGCGAUGACAACACAGAGGCAACAGGUUACUGCGUGGAGUGUGUGGAGUUUCUGUGUUUGACGUGUAUUGAGGCGCACCAAAGGGUCAAGUUCACCAGGGAUCACACCAUACGCCAGAAGGAGGAGAUGUCUCCAGAAGCAGUAGGUAUUUCGACACAGAAGCCUGUGUUUUGUGACAUCCACAAGCAGGAGCCGCUAAAGCUGUUCUGUGAGACGUGUGACCGGCUCACCUGUCGAGACUGUCAGCUGCUUAAGCACAAGGAUCACAACUACCAGUUUUUGGAGGAUGCGUACAGGAAUCACAGGCAGUAUCUGGAGAACAUGACGCAGCAGUUGCAAGAGAAAAGAAAGGCCAUCGAGGACGUGUCCAGCUGUAUCAGCACUGGACUUCAGCAAGUUGACGAAAACCGGAAGGCUGUAACUAAUGAAAUAAAGAAGUCCAUCUGUAACUUGAUUAUGGAGAUCAACAGGAAGGGAAAGAUUCUUGUUAACCAGCUUGAAGCUCUGACCAAGGACCAUGAGUUGGGUUUGAAAAAGCAGCAAGAGGAUGUCAACUCUCUGAGCAGGCACCUAGACCAUGUCAUCAACUUUACCAAAUGGGCUACAGCCAGCCAUAGUGGAACAGCCCUCCUGUACUGCAAGAGACUGAUCCUUUUUCAGAUCCAUUACCUGAUGAGAGCAAGCUGUAAUCCCUCCAUCGUCCCUCAGAGUUCUGUUCGCUUUCAGUGUCGCUCUGGUUUCUGGGCCACGAACGUAGACCUUGGUUCUCUGGUAGUAGAAAGGGGCCCAGGCCGGCCGCCCAUCACCAACCACCAGGCAGGUCCCAGACCAGAGGCACCCACUGUAGGUCUCUCAGUCUCAGCAGCUCAGCAGCGACAGAGCACGCUGGCUCAGCUCCAGAUGCAGGUGGACAAGCUUUCCCAGCAGCCCCACAGGCAGCCCCCUCCUAACCACUGGUCCUGGUACCAAAAUGUCAGGCUCCCAGGACCCGGCCCUCCACCCCCAACCAGGCCCAUCCAUGGAGGGUCCUCCCCCUCCCAAGGCCCCCCCAGCUUGGGGCAGCCGGGACGCAGAUACGGAAGCUCCCACCCCAACCCGAGAAGCCCCACAUCGUCCAUGCUUCACAACACAGGAUUCCCACCUGCUCAGUCUCUGAGAGAUCUGAUCCAUAGCUCCAGCUUCCCUCCUAAACCCAUGGAUGUGUUUCAGGGUACGUCCCGCUACCCACAGCCUCUGUCCGCUGGAGCGGCUACGCAGACGUCACUACAUCAGCGGGGCCUAACGGACUCCUCCUUCCUGAAGAGGAGCGAGGCUGGUGGAUCUGUCCCCUCCAUCACCAUCUCCAUCCCCAAACCCAGCUUCGCUCCUACUCUAGCUUCAGCAAGUGCAGAUAAAACAAGCACACUUAAUCACAUAACAGUUCAAGCAAGGCAGAACUCCCCGAUGGCCAAACCAUCUUCUUCAGACAGAAGCACAGGGACGACUUCCUGGAAGCCGACUUUUGAGCCUCCAUCUGCCCCCUCAGCCAAGCGACGAAGAAGGUCGUCCCCCGGGCCUGUUAUCGUCAUCAAGGACGAACCAGAGGAUGAGGAUGAAGUUCGUUUUGUGCAGUCCAGUGUAGGGUCCAGCCUGCCGGACAGCAGCACCGGGGCUCAGUCAAAGCCUCGGCAGCAGCAAAAGGUGCCUGCCCCAGUCCCGGUCCCUGGAUCAGAGUCCAAAGAGCAGUGUCCUCAGCCCGCAGCGCAGCCGGAGUCUGAAAAGAGAGCGGAGCCGGAGGAAGAUCCUAAUGAGGACUGGUGCGCCGUCUGUCAGAACGGAGGGGAGCUGCUCUGUUGUGACAAGUGUCCCAAAGUUUUUCAUCUGGCCUGCCACAUUCCCACUCUGAAUGAGUCCCCCAGCGGCGAGUGGUUCUGUUCGUUCUGCCGAGACAUCGCCUCUCCUGAGAUGGAGUACGACUGUGACAGCAAGGAUGAUCCCGUCUCUGAAGGAUUCCCACCUGUUGAUAGAAGGAGGUGUGAGAGGUUGCUUCUACGUCUGUUCUGCAAUGACUUCAGCACUGACUUCCAGCAGCCUGCUUCUCCAUCAGAGACGAGAAGGUACAAAGAGCUGAUCGAGACCCCGAUGGAUUUGUCAAUAGUGAAGAGGAAAUUGGAGUUGAAGGAGGGUGAAUGUUAUAGCAGUCCGGAGGAGUUUGUUGCCGACGUCAGGCUCAUAUUUUUCAACUGUGCUAAGUACUACAAGGCGACCUCAGAAGUGGGGAGUGCAGGCUUGUACUUGGAGGAUUACUUUGAGGAACAGUUGAAACAAGUCUACCCAGAUAGGGUCUUCCCCGGAGGGAGGGAGGAACAGAUGAUCCCUCCUUUGGAGGACGAGAUAGAUGAAGAAGAGGAAGAGAUGAUGGAGCAAGGCAUGGCUCCCGUUGAAGACGAUAAACCGCAAAGUCCUGCAGGAGAAGGAAUCCCCCCUGUAGAAGAGGACUUGCCUCCUCUAGAAGAAGCGACAGCCCCGGCAGAGGAGGAAAAGCCAGAAACAGAGGAGAAGGUGAUUGAUUCGAACGAAAAGGAGACGAAUGAAAAGGUAGCAGCCGCGGAAGGAGACAAGCCUCCUGCAGAGGAGGUAGAGCAGGACGAGGAAACUCCCGUGCAGGAGGUGAAAAGCGCUCCAGCAGCUGAUAGCGAAACAAAAGACGGAGAAGCUCCCAGCUCCCCAAAAGAGGAGAACCCUCAGCUCCCUACAGACAACACUGCAGAUCCACCUGAAACCCAGGAGAAGGAGUCAGCUCCUGCAGACUCAGCAAAAGAGGAGGGAUAGAAGGAGAACAACAGAGAGAAACUGUGGAAAAGAUGGAUGAUUUCAGUCUUCCACAGAAAUGGCCCCAGUGGGGACCCACAUUUGCUGCAAUCAGACAUUUUUUGUAGUAUGUUAUUUUUGCAAUAGGAAAAAAUGGUACUGCUAUACUAAAUAGAUUUAUUUAGUCGCGGUCAUGGUGUUGAUACACAACGAAGGGAGUAAAUAAGCUCUUUUUGUGUUUUUGCUGGACACAGGUCACAAUUUUAUUGUAACAUAGGAGAUUAUUUUCUGUGAUGAUGACACUGAAAAGCACACAAAAGAUAUUCUUUGUUGAUAGAAUUGUGUAAGUUAUCAGUUACCUUGCUUAUCACUUGUACAUAAUAAUGCCACGGACUCAAGGCACAAAUGCUGCAAUCAAAAUGAGAAAAAAAGAUUUUGGAUUAGCAAUGCAUGCAAGAUGUCUUAAUAUAAAUAAUAAUGCCUUUGUUUUUGUGUUUAUAGACUUGAGCUCACUUGUACUAGCCAUUUGGCUCAUAAACAAAUUAUGUUUUAUUGGAAUAGUUUUGUUAUUUUUUUUAGUAGUAUUGUAUUGAUGCUAUGUAUACAACAAAUAGGACCGCUGUAUGUACUGUAGUGUCUGUACAGAAGGAAGUGCUGCAUCUAUCGGUGCUACAUUGAUUUAAACAAGCCCUUGAAAAACCUGGCAUUUUGAAAAUUGCGCUGCUUGGUUGUUGGAGAACAAACAUGAAUUGCCACUGUCGUGGUUUCAUUUCUGUGCUGCCAGUUUUAGGCCUCUUAUCCCCCAAAUCCCAACAAUGUUUUAUCACACAGCAGCCUUGUUGGUUUUUAUCAGGUGAACAAUUCUUCAGACUUUAUUGACUUUACUGUUAUCACUGAUAUUCAGAGACAUGAUUAUCACUUUCUCAUCACCAGCCUCUGACAGCAGUGUGUUUUCCAAAUUGUGUCCUUGCCCGUCUGCAGCAUGACUACUUUUACAUAAGAUUGGGCCUAAGCCUUAUUGUUUUAGUCUGUUUCCUUCACUGAAAGUAAUGAAAAACAUGUGCAAUCGUGCCCAAUUGGUCAAUGGCGUUAACGUAAAUACAUUUUUUGACAGAGGCUUCAAUGAACUAAACCCUCCUAUAUGGCCAUCGACUCACUUGUGGUGGAAAAAGUGAAUCAAAACCUGAGAAAUCAACUUCAAUAUAGAUUAUUUUCUCCAAUAUCCUUACCUUUUUAUUAUUUAUUGAGGAUACACAGGACCUGUAAAUUAACUCUACAAACAAUGAUGACCAUAAAAAAUACCUGCAUUUACAAUAUUUGUAAUAAACAGAUGUAGAUCUGA